UUGUAGUUUAAUAAUUUUACACAUAGCGUAGCGAGCUUUACUCCGUUGAUUUUACUCAAUGAAUAUUGAUUUGGUUUAAUUAGUGAACAAUACAGAAUUUUAGUCCGAAAUGAUAAAAGCUAUAUUAGUCUUCAACAACCAUGGGAAGCCACGCCUCUCUAAAUUCUACCAAUAUUUUAAUGAAGAUAUGCAACAGCAAAUAAUAAAAGAAACAUUCCAAUUAGUCUCGAAACGUGAUGAUAAUGUGUGCAACUUUCUUGAAGGAGGCAGUCUAAUUGGAGGUUCAGACUACAAAUUAAUAUACAGGCACUAUGCGACCUUAUAUUUCGUGUUCUGCGUUGAUUCAUCGGAGAGCGAACUGGGUAUACUAGAUCUUAUACAGGUAUUUGUAGAGACUUUAGAUAAAUGCUUUGAGAAUGUCUGUGAGCUGGACUUGAUCUUCCACGCUGAUGCAGCCCAUCAGGUGCUGGAUGAGCUCGUGAUGGGAGGCAUGGUGCUGCAGACAAACAUGGCUGAGAUACUCUGCAGGCUUCAGGAACAGAAUAAAAUGCAAAAAGCUGAGGCCGGAAUAUCAGCUGCUCCGGCUAGAGCUGUCUCUGCAGUAAAGAGCAUGAACCUGCCGCAGCAACUCCGGGACAUGAAGCUGCCUGAUCUCCCGCAGGCCAUCAAGGAUUUGAAAUUCUGACCUACACAACAAGGCGCUUACAACGCCACGCCCGCCACCAUAGCCACGAACAUAAUCAAUUCGAUCUACCCACAAAACGACAAGUACCAGAACAUCCACAAGCCAACGGAGACGUUUGCCAACAAGUUCUUCGGCUCGGAGAGUCUGAGCACCAGGUUCUCAGAGUCGUUCUCCGAGAACUACCAGCAGACCGACGGCGUCACCUUCCCAGAGUACGAGGGCAGGAGCACGGAGGGGUACCAGGACCUAAGCGGCAGCAACGUUGAGUUCAGCAAGAAGAAGGGCAAAAAAAAGAAGCGACGUUGAGUCUAGCGAGGCAUCACUCAAUGAGUCACUCAGGAAAAUAUUUGAUGAUUCUCGUCUUCAUAGUGAAAUAGCAUAAUUUAUCAGUACCAUUGAAUUCUAAUGAAAUAAGAAAAUGUCAAUACUGUUUAAACUAUAGAAAGGUAUUUAUCUUAUCUUGAUACCUUCAAACGAGCAAUUCUUGUAUAUAAAUAUAUAUAUAAUCUGAAUCUCGGAAACGGCUCCAACGAUUUUCAUA